AUGUUGCACGGUGCAGAAUGGCUGGGGAAGAAGUACGCCUCGUUGGCUGGACCUGGCAAGCAGCAGACGUUGGAGACGACGCUCAUUACAUUAGCCUCCCGGCUGACCGACACGCCCUCGACUGAACUCGCUCCCAUUCAAGACCGAAAAGCAGCGUGAGUGUCUCGGCUCGAGCUUGGCAGCAUUGCAGGCCCCUGAGUCGUCCCGCUGAUGACUCCUUAAAUCCAAUUCAGUGUCUUGGCUCUCAAGGGCUUGGCUCGUGAUCAUCCUCGCGAGGUCGGCGACAAGGCCUUGCCCGCGUUGCUUGAGUCGCUGCAGCGGGACACGAAAGCAGAAAGGGGCGUGGAGGACGAGAUGGCUCGUGCGAUCGUCGAGUGUCUUUUGGCGCUGCUGGAAUCGCCCGCCAGUCAGCCCAACAAGCCCGCAUCACUCCCUCCUCACGUGCUCCAUCACGUGGAUGCGAUAUUAGCCAGACCAGGGCCUCUCCACUCCAUCCUGCCAUUGCUGUCACCGGCUCGGAGCUUCUACACUCGAUUUGCAUCUUUGCAGCUUCUCGCUACUCUGACUAGACUGCGCACGCCUAGCGUGCAAGAACACCUCCUCACUUCUCCUGGAGGCUGCGGCGCGGUGCUGGCUUGUUUGGCUGAAGGAAGUGGCAGCAGUGCCGAGAUCGUCCGAAACGAAGCGUUGCUACUCAUUCCUAGGCUGGUGGAGAGCAACGCGGAUAUCCAAAAGUUGUUUGCGUUUGAAGGUGCAUUCGAGAAGCUAAUCGAUGUCGUGGCGCAAGAAGGAAGGAUCGAAGGAGGCUUGAUCGUGCAGGACGCCUUGGAAGGUCUGGAGUCGCUGCUUCGAUGGAACGUGUCCAAUCAGGUGCGUUGUGGCGAUGAUGUCCCGAUCAUCGCUGCAGAUCCUCAAAUACUGACCGCACGAUUCGUUCGCGCAGAACUACUUUCGCGAAACCCUUUCCGUCCCUCUGCUCGCUCCCCUGCUUUACUACCCACCGCCUCCUCCCAAUGGCGCGUUUCCCUCCAGACAAGCGGAACAAGAGCAUGCAAGGCAGUUGGAGGCUUUUGCGUUCCAGUCUUGGGAAGACGCCGAUUUUGGAGCGGAGGAGCAGCACCCGGAAGCUGCAGCUGCAGCGGCUGUCUCGGCGAAUGGCCAAGGCGCCGAAGGCCAGAAAGCGAGAAAUGCGAGACUGGUCAUCGGUAUUGCAAGAUUGUUGGUCGAGGGACAGGGAGACGGUAGACGGGCCAAUCAGGUGAGCGCUAAGCUGUCUGACGCAGUGACGCUGUCGACUACACACUCAUGACCACCACACCUCCCGUAGAAUGCCCUACUCGCCUCGGGCUUCACAAGAGCACUGCUCGAACUUUCCCUCGCAUCAACAGCUCCGGUUGGCCUCAAAGCACAAGCUUUCAACGUGCUCUCUUCUCUGUUAAAUUCUUCUCGCUCGACUCAAGAUCUGCUCUCAUCCCUGCUGAUUUGCCCCUUGCUCGGCAUCGAGGCGCAACCAGAAGAGAUACCGGCAGGUCCAGAUGGCGCCGCACCGCCACCUCCCAAGGCUCCUCUUCUCACCUUCACCCGUCUCCCAGCUCGACCUGCCAUUCUCUGCUUGAUAGACGCGGCAGUGUCCGGCUUAGCUCCGGCCGUUGCUCGGACGGCUGCAACCAGCGCAUGCCUGGGCUAUCGCGCUGCAGCGCUCAGCUGCUUCGACGCGUUUGUGGCGGACAAUCUCGAUGCACGAUUAGGCAUCAUCAGUACCAUGGCACCCCCACCUUCCGAUGGCUCGAACGACGAAGAAGACGUGGGGACGAGCGCGGGCAGUCUGCUCUUGCAAGGAUUGGCGCAACUUCCUGCUCCUCAACCGGGCGCCAAACGUUUCGAUGCUUAUCGACAUCUCUUUUCUGCACUUCUGUUCUGUUCGCUCGUGCGAGGUAGCGAGACGGCAAAGAGCAUGGCCAGGGAAAUCAGGUUUGGGCCUGAUGGCAAGCCUGUAUACAGAAAGCAAGGCUCGAAACCGAACGGUGCUGCAGAGGAGGAAGAGGAUGAAGAAGUGAGCCUGAUUCACGUCCUCAUUGGCAAUCUCACCAUGGCGCAGAGAGAAAUGGGAGAGGCUGUGCGCAGAGAAAGGAACGCUACCGCUGGAGCCGGCGCUCCAGCUGCGGAUCUUGGAGCGGAACCUUCGAGCACGGAUUGGACACGAAUCAUUGUCGGCUACCUCUCCCUCCUGGCCGUUUGGCUGUGGGACUCAAAGCCGUCGGUGUCGGAUCUGCUUUCCGAAUCCUCCAACUUGCAGACGCUGGUCCAGCCCGCCGCUCAGAGCGGAGGCGGCGUGGACGUUCUCAUUGCGGGUCUGUGCACGUUGAUCCUCGGCAUAGCAUACGAGUGGGGUGCGGUACCUGGUACGGAAGGCGCAGAGAACUCCAUCGACAGAGGCACCAUGCACCCCAUCCUCAACACUCGCAUAGGCCCAGAUCAGUUUGCAGCAAGACUGGCUAGGUUACGAGAUGAUGUGCGCAUCAAGGAUGUGGGCCCAGACGUGUUGGAAACUAUUAGCAGCAGAGGCGGAGGACCAAUUGAGACCAGCGAAGAUGGCCUCUGGUUCGACUGGCCCUUUGUCGAAUGGCUCAAGAACAACUUUGGUGAGUCGAUCACGUGUAUGUGUUCUCAUCGCUUGCUGUGCUAAUGGUAUGGCGCCGUCACGCUUGUACCGCGCGCAGUGUUAAUUCAGAAGUCUAUCACCAUCGAACCCACCUCUAGCUCUGCUGAUGCAGCGGCUGCGACUGCUGAGCUGCUCGAUGCUCAGAGGCAAGCAGAGCACCUGCGCGACACCGCAACACGCCAGGCGCGGGAAGUGGAGCUCCUCGAGAGUAAAUUACAAGAGCUUACUCGUGUCUCUGAAGAGGAGGUGAGGGUCUGCAUUCCGAAGUCGAGGUCUGUCAGGUUGAAGCUGAUUGCACAGCGUCCUUCCAGCGCGCCUCUCUGACGAGCCAGCUGGCCAAAAUACAAGAGACUUUGGACUUGCGGGAAAGGGAGCUGGCCGAGUCCCGCUACGCCCCGAAGCCUGCCGAAGCACCUGCAGAGGUCUCGUCAAACGACGCCCAGCCGCAAACAUCUGCCGAGGCAGAAGCGGCUGCAGAAAAGGCUAAAGCGGAUGCAGCUGCUGCGGAGGAGCGAGCCAAGGCUGCAGAGGGGAGGUUGAUAGAUUUGCAGAAGAGCAAGGAGGAAUCUGACAAGAAACUUUCAGACGCUUUGACCCUCGUCGAGAAGGCACGAGCGGAUGCGGAGAGCGCCAAAGCUGAAAUUAGAAAGGUCAAGAAGGACGCGGAAGAUGCUGUCAAGGCUGCUUCUACUGCCAACACUUCCGCCGCAACCACAGCGAAGGAUGGGAAAGGAGAGGGAGAGGUCGAAGGAGAAAAGAGCAAGGAGGAAUUGGAAAAGGAGUUGGAAGAUCUCUUGAUCCUGUUGGACGAGCUUACUCAGAAGAGGGUCAGGGAUAAGAACAAGAUGAGAGAAAAGGGAAUCGAGGUUAGCGAGGAUGAGGCGGAUGAAGAGGAUGACGAGGACGACGACGAGUAG